GUACGGGCCGUGAUGAAAACCAAGCGCCAACGACGCACUGAAUCCUGCGAAUCGGAUUCGCCGACCGCUACGUCAUUGUCAUCCAGAGGCACCGUGGCCGACAUCUCAAGUAAUCAUAACCAGACUAAGUGGAUAAAGUUUUUGGAGGAACUUACUGUGGACAGCAUCCGAGGAGUUAUCUGAAGAGUCUUAAAAAAAAGAGUUCAAAUGUAAUUGAAUCUCAGCCGGAAAAUACAUUCUUUUCUUUUGUACAAGACAGUGAAGUGUCUAUUACGUCGUGAUAAUGGAUAUAACGGAAACCUUCAGAGGCGAAGACAUUUCUAAAACAGAUUUCUUUGAUUUCGUCGUAACCCCUGAUAUUGGAGAACAUCAACAACAGACGUUGCACUUCAACCGAACACUAAAAUCAAUGGGCAUCUUUAUCGAAAGCGCUGGUGCCAACAGUGGCAGCAACAGCAACGACACGGGAACAUCGACUUAUCAAGACAUAAAAGAAACAAACAACAACCACCUUAUGAUGACGACAACGACGGCUUCAUCAGGCCUACCACCUUCGGAACACAGCUUGGGCAACUUUGGCGAUCAUUCUUUCUGGACAUCCUCCUCGUGCGAGAAAGAAGCCGCAAGACUCGAGACUGCUAUGUUGGAGGACUUGAAUGAGUUCUGCUGGAGCCAAGAUUCAACAGAAACGGCAUCCCCAAACAGUAAUGGCGGUCCCUGCCAUAAAGUAGGACACACCAAUAACACCCAUAACAACACAGACGGUGCAAUAUAUACGUUGACCGUACUGAAUGGCGGCGAUCAUAGCGCCACCUGGUAUCGGACACCGGAAGCUCCUACAGGCCUCAAGGAUGAUGAUGAGAGCCACCAGCAAUCACUGUCCUCUCCUCAUAUGGACUGCCGGCAAAUAAAUUCUCACAAUAAUCAACAGAACCAUUCCUCAGCCCUUGAUCUUGAUUCAAUUCUAAGUAUUAUACCUCCUAACCAACACACAACAUCAACACCCACAUCAAGCGGACAUCAAUUCCACCAAAAUGGUUACCACCAAACCCAUGCACAUCCCUCAAACCAUCUGCACCAGACUAACAAUUCGGCAGUAACUUUAAGUCCACAUCAUCACACAAUUAGCCAAGAUGGUCUUGUAAAAUCUGAACAACAGUAUGCGUAUGAAGAGAGUGGGUAUGCUAACAAAGAUUGCAUCAGUCACAUCGUGGAUGGUCAAUCAGUUAUCCAGCAGGAAGCUGGUGGCGGCGAUUCUAAUGCUGGCUUCAACAACAAUAACAAUGACUGGAAACUGACGAACAACAAUACCAACAGCACUGCAGAUUCGUUGUUACGAAGUGCCUUGCAAGGGAAAAGUUUUCUUGGUCGUUACAAUGGCACAAGUCCAAAGAAUGGGAAAGCAAUGGAAGGGCACAUUGAGCUUAGGCGGGUCUUGUCUACACCUCCCAACGGAGUGAAAACACCAAUGGAACAUUCUCCUGUGUUUAUCACCAGUGAUAUCACAGAUGACUGUAGUGGGGGCGAUCAGAAGCCAUCACCAAUGAUGACUGUGACAAUGGAGGGAAAUGCUGUGGUCAUGUUUGAUGGUGGGGGUGGAACCAGAGGCCUAGGGCUGACAGAUACUGAUAAUCCUUCCUCAGCACACAGUAUGGACGAUAUUCUGCUGUCACAACUAGAUGCAGCAUCAUAUCCGGAGGAUUAUGAGAAACUCAAAUGUAUUGCCAACGAGGUUGCAGAAUCCGUGAAACAAUACUGCAGCCUGGAUCAAAACAGCAUAGCAAGUCCAACCCAACACACACCAUCUGGAAUCUACAUUUCCACACAUCUCGCUUCAACUGAAAACUUAGUACCAAGUUCCAUAUUGUCUUCAACCCAUCACCAUCAUCACCACCACCACCACGCAAAUCUUUCGCCAAUUCUCUCCACUUCACAAUCCACAACGAAAAGUAAUGUUGGGAAGAAAUAUACAAAGAAGCAGGGUGUAGGUGGUGGGAGUGGAAGCACCAAGGCAACACACAGCAGUCACCAGAUGCAGAACAAUGGUGUGCGCAAGGAGAGGUCCCUGCAUUACUGCAAUAUCUGCAGUAAGGGCUUCAAGGAUAAGUACUCAGUAAAUGUACACAUUCGCACACACACAGGUGAGAAGCCCUUCGCAUGUUCUUUAUGUGGCAAGAGCUUCAGGCAAAAGGCACACCUUGCCAAACACUACCAAACCCACAUGGCACAGAAGAACUCUGCAACCAACAGCAAUGGUGUAGCAAAACCAGGGGGUAAUAAAGGAAGGUAUAGUAGUGCAAAGUCUUCAUCAUGAUUGUCAUUAGAUUCUUCACAAGGAAUGCUUCUAAAAAAGAAAGAAGCAAAUAUGAUGACAGUUGCAGCACACGUAGCUGAAUGGUUCAAUCCAGGGACUCACAUCAUUAGAAAUAAAUAUGGUUGGAGGAUUAUGAAAUACAUGUUUUCCACAAUUGAGGAAAAAGUGGUAUGUGCUCUAGUAGUUAUAUACAGUGUUUCAUUAGCAGCCAUUAAAACUUAUAUUGUUGUUUCCAUUGACGUUUUUCUUCUCUGUAUUGUGAGGAAUUACUGACAACAUACAACCACACAAAUGUAUAUUCACUGUAUUAGUCCUUAAUGAAUAUCAUGUUUUCCACCAGGGUAAUAACAAUUCAGCAUUUAAAAGAAAUUUUGCAUAGCGAAUAGCUACUAAAAUGAUAUUGAAGUAUUUGGUGUACUGUUGACUAAAGCUUAACAUUUCAAAUAUUAAAAGUUUACAAUAUUAUAUUUGAGCAUCCCGUUACACUCGCACAAUAUAUAUAAGAUAA